AUGGAGAUCACCAUCAUGGGCUCACAGGAUCCUAGAAGCUUGGAGCUGGCCGUGCUGCGGCUGCGGCAGGGAGCGAACGCGUGCCUUGCAUUCCACGAUAUUUCACCGCAAGCUCCAACCCAUUUCCUAGUGAUCCCCAAGAAGCCGAUUGUCAGGUUAUCUGAAGCAGAAGAUUCUGAUGAAUCUCUUCUUGGACAUUUAAUGAUUGUUGGCAAGAAAUGUGCUGCUAACCUGGGCCUGACCAAUGGAUUCCGGAUGGUUGUGAAUGAAGGGCCAGAGGGUGGGCAGUCUGUCUAUCACGUGCAUCUCCAUGUUCUGGGUGGUCGUCAGUUGGGUUGGCCUCCUGGCUGA